UACUCCAUAUCUUUUGUCGCCAUAAUUUUUCUUAAGAUUUUUUAAUUUAAUAAACCUACGAAAAAGUUUGUGUUCGAGAUGCUCUGGGAGCCCGGACUACAUGCACCAUUAAGCCACAAUUCAAUUCUAUCCAUAACUAAGUGCCAGCGCAACAAUACCUUCGCUACUCAAUGGCUUUGAACUUUCUUCUCUUCCUCCGCCUCGUUCUCACUCUCGUCUCCGCCGCCGGUCACCCGCUUGAUCCCUUGACUGCCGACGAACUUACCAGAGCCAUCGACCUGAUCCGCGCUUCCCCCCUUAAUUCCUCCUCCUCUCUCGCCUUCCACUACGUCGGCCUCGAUGAGCCGCCCAAGCCCGCCGUCCUCGCGUGGCCCCGCUCCGCACCGCCGCGUCGAGCCUUCGUCAUCGCCCGCGCCGGCGGCGCCACCCACGAGAUCCACGUCGACCUCUCCAGCGACGGCGGUGGCCUCAUCCUCUCAGAUACGGUCUAUCGCGGCGCCGGCUUCCCCACCUUCACCAUCGAUGAACAGGUGGCGGCCUCCAAACUGCCGUUCCAGUACCCGCCGUUCGAGGCGUCGGUGGCGCGGCGGGGGAUCCCUCUGUCUGACGUUUUGUGCACGACCUUCUCGGUUGGGUGGUUCGGCGGCGAGGAGAGGUGGGCUGGGCGUAGGGUGAUCGUGGUGCAGUGCUUCGUGGCGGCCGGGACGGCGAACUUCUACGCGCGGCCGGUGGAGGGGGUGACGGUGGUGGUGGACCUUGACGCGAUGGAGAUCGUAGAGUACGAGGAUAGAGAGGACCUGCCGGUGCCGAAGGCGGAGGGGACGGAGUACCGGGCGGCAGAACAGAGACCGCCUUUCGGGCCGGAGCCGAAACCUGGAGCUGUGGUGCAACCGGAGGGAAGAGGGUUCCAAGUGGAUGGCCACAUGAUAAGGGGGACGAACUGGGAAUUGCACUUGAGCUUCGACGCUCGCGCCGGCGCCGUCAUUUCUUUAGCGUCGGUAAAAGAUUCCGACAAGGGUGUAUUCCGGCUCGUCCUCUACCGUGGCCACGUCUCCGAGCUCUUCGUGCCGUACAUGGACCCGUCGGCAGAUUGGUAUUUCAAGACCUUCUUCGACGCCGGCGAGUUCGCCUUAGGCCUUUUGACAGCUCCGCUGGAGCCCUUCACCGACUGCCCGGCCAACGCCGUGUUCAUGGACGCAGACGUUGCCGGCGUCGAUGGAUCGCCCGUGAGGAAUAUCCCCAAUGCGAUGUGCGUGUUCGAGCGCUACGCCGGCGACGUCGCGUGGAGGCACACCGAAGUGAUAACAGAGGUGAGACCCGAGGUGAGCUUGGUGGUGAGGUCGGCGGCGGUGGUCGGUAACUACGACUACGUGAUUGACUGGGAAUUCAAAACCACCGGCUCCAUCAAAAUUGGAGUAGCGCUGAGCGGAAUCCUGGAAGUCAAAGCCACAUACUAUUCUCAUGCCGACGAACUCUCCGGCGACGCACACGGCUCGCUCAUAGCCGGCAAUACGCUCGGCGUCUACCACGACCACUUCCUCACCUUCCGGCUCGACCUCGACGUCGACGGCCCCAACAACUCGUUCGUGAAGUCCCGUCUGAGGCCAGUGCGGGCGGCCGCCGGGCCGAGGAGGAGCUACUGGACGGUGGAGAAGGAGACAGCAAGGAGGGAGACGGAUGGCAGCGUGGAGCUCGACGCGACGGAGCUGAUGGUGGUGAACCCGAACAGGAGGACGAGGAUAGGCAACGAGGUCGGGUACAAGAUUGUUAGCCACGGCGGCACGGCGACGUCGCUGCUCGACGACGAUGAUUACCCGCAGCAGCGGGCGAGCUACACGAAGCGGCAGGUGUGGGUGACGGCGUACGAUGAGGCGGAGAAGUGGGCGGCGGGUCUCUAUACGGACCAGAGCACUGGCGACGACAACUUGGCGGCGUGGAGUCAAAGCAGGAAUCGCGAGAUUGAGAACAAAGACAUAGUGUUGUGGUACACGGUGGGGAUUCAUCACGUGCCGUGCCAAGAAGACUUCCCGGUGAUGCCAGCGGUAACCGGCGGUUUCGAGCUUCGGCCCACCAACUUCUUCGACCGCAAUCCAUUGAUCAGAACGAGGCCCAACAAGCAAGCGACUUGGCCCAAUUGCUCUCUUAUCAAUUAGCAGAGGAAGACUGACUGCUCUGAGAUUGGCGAUCAUCUCCAUUAUUUGAAUUAGUUAAAAAAAUAUCAGCAUUUAUUAUAUCCUGUGUCAUAUUUAAAACAUCACAUUGUGAAAGAUAAGUAUGUGUUUGGGACCAAAAGAUGAGCUAACAGUUGCAUUCCAAUCUAUGUUUGAUUUGGGUGGCCAAGAUACGAAGAAAUGAGUGCCCGAGAAAAGAGAUAGCUAGAGAGCAAUUAAAGAGCACAAAAUGCUGUCGCGUCCUUGUUGUUUGGUGAAGCAGCAACAUGUGUGAAGUUGGUGAGUUGGGUACCAAGUCCAGUAGGGUCCUGUACUUUA